GCAGGCAAAGCAGCUGCAGAGAGACCAGGGAACGCUGACAACAACGGACAGGCUCGUGUCGGGAAAGUCAGAAACGCAACAUUUGCCUAUUCGGUGAUUUGAUGUUCAAAAAUUUUCACUUGUAACCUUUUUGCUGAUCGCAUUUUUUUUUUUUUACGCAUGCGUGGGAUUAUAUUUCGCAUAUUCUCGACCUGAAAUGACUGCUAGUCGCCGUGUCUAGCCAAUGGUUACUGCGGGGGCUCCUGUCUUGUGGAUUAUCCGUCGUCGCCGAGCCAGUCGCAUGGUCGAGCCCGGAGGAGGCCCCGCUCUGCUGGAUGGAUGUGUGUGAAGCAGCGCCGGACUCCGGGUACUGAUGAAGACGGUGAUAGUGAUGAUGCUCGGGUUUCAUCGGCAGUGGGUGAACUGAUCUUGGAUGUUCGGGGUCUGUCGCCCCUACACAAACCAUUUCCUCAUACAGCAAAAAUUAAAUUCCUUAAAAACUGGACGCCCCUGGAGCAGUUUAUGACGACCCUGGUAGGAGCGUGAUGAGCGCGCGCUUCCGCUUGCCUGCUGGCAGAUCCUACAAUGUCCGGGCGACGGAGCUGGAGCGAGACAGGCAGCACACACAGGUUGUGUGCAACAUAUUGCUGCUGGACAACACUGUCCAGGCAUUCAAAGUCAGCAAGUCGGAUCAUGGCCAGGUGUUGCUGGAUGCUGUCUUUAAGCACCUGGAGCUGACUGAGAGAGACUACUUUGGCCUGCACUUGGCUGAUGACUCUUCAGAUGCACCACGCUGGCUCGAUCCCAACAAGCCCAUCAGGAAACAGUUAAAAAGAGGGUCUCCCCACAACUUGAGCUUCAGAGUCAAAUUCUUUGUGACAGACCCUGGUAAACUUCAGGAGGAAUACACGCGGUACCAAUAUUUUCUUCAGAUCAAGCAGGAUAUAUUUACUGGAAGGUUGCCCUGUCCACACAACACAGCUGCACUGCUGGCAUCCUAUGCUGUUCAAUCUGAGUUAGGGGACUACAGUGAAACAGAGCAUAGUGCAGGCUAUCUGUCCGACUACUGCUUCAUCCCCAACCCUCCACAAGACUUCCACAAAGAGGUCUCCAAACAUCACCAGCAGCACAGCGGUCUGUCUCCUGCCCAGUCAGAGUUUAAUUAUCUGAACACAGCACGCACGCUGGAGCUCUACGGGGUAGAGCUGCACUAUGCAAGGGACCAGAGCAACACAGAGAUUCUCAUCGGGGUGAUGUCCGCUGGCAUUGUGGUUUACAAGAACAGGGUACGGAUCAACUAUUUCCCAUGGUUGAAAAUAGUGAAAAUCUCCUUCAAGUGCAAACAGUUCUUCGUCCAGCUCAGACGAGAGGCGCUGUCUCCCUCUCCUCCCUGGACACAGACUGAGACUCGGGAGACGCUGCUGGGUUUCAACAUGGUCAACUAUCGGGCCUGUAAGAACCUGUGGAAGGCCUGCGUGGAGCACCACACUUUCUUCAGGCUGGAGCGGCCCAUCCCACCACAGAAGAACUUCUUCGCUCACUACUUCACCCUGGGCUCAAAGUUCCGAUACUGCGGGCGGACAGAGGUGCAGUCUGUUCAGUAUGGAAAGGAGAAAGGCAUCAAGGACAGAGUAUUUGCCAGGUCUCCCAGCAAGCCAUUGGCCAGAAAGUUGGUGGGUGGAACUGACUGGGAGUCGGUCAGCAGGAACAGCCUAUCAGAUGAGAGACUGGAAACCCAAAGCCUGCCCACUCGCUCACCGCCUGGGACGCCCAAUCAGAACUCGCUGUUUGUGCAAGAGGGCACACGACUACGCCCGUCGUCCGUUGGGCACCUGGUUGAUCAUGUGAUCCACGCUUCACCCAGCUUGCCCGUCUUCUCCUCCAAUCACAAGUCAGCAUCGUCCACGCAGGCCAACAGCAUCAGUCUGGACUCUACACCGUCUCCAGAGGGGGUAGAUGGCCAACCUCCAGCUCUGCCUCCCAAGCAGCUGAGCAGGAAAACCUUGAGCCAGAUCAUCCAAGCCCACUCUCAGCAGAGCCUCUUGGACAACCACCUCAACGAGAUGUAUGAUGUUCCUGUGAAUGCUGACAAAACCACGCUGAAUGGAGUAGUCCCUCAUGAUAAUUUGGUCCUAAUCAAGAUGAGACCUGAUGAACACGGACGAUUCGGCUUCAAUGUGAAGGGUGGAGCCGACCAGAAGAUGCCUAUCAUUGUGUCUAGAGUAGCUCCGGGAACAUCAGCUGACCUGUGUGUGCCUCGUCUUAACGAGGGUGACCAGGUGGUCUUAAUUAACGGGCGGGACAUCUCUGACCACACUCAUGACCAGGUGGUCAUGUUCAUCAAGGCCAGCUGUGAGAGCCACUCCGGGGAGCUCAUUCUGUUGGUCAGGCCAAAUGCCAUCUAUGACGUGGUGGAGGAGAAGGUGGACUCUGAGCCAGAUUUUCAGUACAUCCCUGAGAAGUCCCCUCAGGACCCUGCCCAGCUAGACCAACAUGCUUUGAGAGACUCUAUGGUUGCUCUGAAGGAAGGCCUGAACAGUGGAGCCAUACUGGCACAGUUUGAUCAACUGUACAGGAAGAGGCCGGGGAUGACCAUGCUGUGUGCCAAAUUACCUCAGAACGUUUCCAAAAAUCGCUACAGAGACAUCUCUCCUUACGAUGCCACGCGGGUCAUUCUGAAAAGCACAGAUGACUACAUCAAUGCAAAUUACAUCAAUAUGGAGAUUCCAGCCUCCAGUCUGAUAAACCGCUACAUAGCAUGCCAGGGCCCGCUGCCCAACACCUGCCCUGACUUCUGGCAAAUGACCUGGGAACAGGGCUCAUCCAUGGUUGUUAUGCUGACUACGCAGGUCGAGAGGGGGCGGGUAAAGUGUCACCAGUACUGGCCCAACCCAGACAGCAGCACCACCUAUGGAAACUUUACAGUUACUUGCCACAACGAAGAGGGCAACUCGGCCUUCCUGGUCCGAGAGAUGACUCUCAUGCACACGCAGAGUGAGCAGCAGAGAGAGCUAACUCAGAUUCAGUACCUGGCUUGGCCAGACCACGGCGUUCCUGAUGACUCCACUGAUUUCCUGGACUUUGUGGCUCUGGUACGGGCCAAACGGGCUGGACAGGACCAGCCAAUGGUGGUACACUGCAGCGCGGGAAUUGGUCGGACGGGGGUUCUGAUCACCAUGGAGACAGCAUUGUGUCUAAUGGAGUGCAGUCAGCCAGUGUAUCCUCUAGAUAUUGUCAGGACCAUGAGAGACCAGAGGGCCAUGAUGAUACAAACACCUAGCCAGUAUCGCUUUGUGUGUGAGGCCAUCCUGAAAGUCUAUGAGGAAGGUCUGGUCAAACCGCUCAAGACUGCUGUCUACCAGCAGAGAGAAAAGGUGAAUGAUGAGAGAGAGGAGGAGAAGAAAGAGCAGCAGAAAGCAGUUGAUGAGAAAGAAGAGAUGGCAGCAACAGAGGAAGGCGAGGUGGCGGCUGGGGUGGAGUUGCUGGAAGGAGGGCUGGAUGAAGAGGACGAUGAUGACGAGGAGGUGGAGGUGCUGGAUGUAGGAGAUGUGACCGAAGAUGGGGAGGAGGAGGAGGAGGAGGAGGAAGAGGAAGAGGAGGAAGUGGAGGAGCCGAGCGUCGCAAGCGCCACCAGCGUGACAAGCGAGACCAGCGUGAACCCUGACCCCAAUCUGUGACAUUUGACCUCUGGGGGGGAGGUCAUCAGGGGUUACCAGGGAGAGGACAGGUGGUCAGAGGAGAGAACAAAAGCACUGUUGCACUUUAUGCUGACAAAAAUGGAAAAAAAGACAAACAAACGUGAAAAUCAUGGACAAGAUAGAAUUAAAAAAGAAAUCCAGCUGUGUUGACUAGGUACCAUUAGGGGAUAUUGUAUGUUCAGGGUAAAGAAAAAAGUAUACAAAGAAUGAGAAGAUAAAAGUAUGAGAGAAUAAAAUGUGGAUGGGGAAUUGCUGUAGUGCCAUAAGUAUGAAGGGGAAGGGCUACCCACAUGGAUGGAAAGCCCCACCCCCACCCGCACCCUUUGUUUUUCUUUUUUUUUUUUUUUUCCAAAGGGUUGCCCUAUCCCCUUCUGCCAGACGGACCUGCCUUUUUUUUUUUUUUUUUAGUGUCCUUUUAGCUGAUAAAGAGAUAUACUUUAUCUUUUGUUCCUCAGAAAGAGUAUUUAUUGUGUUUUAGUUUUUGUCAAACCCUGUCCACUGAACAAAAAAAAAAGUUGUAUGUUUUGUUUGUAUGAGUCUAGAGCUUCACGCUUUCCUGAUUAAAUCUUAGGUAGUAAAGUAGUGUGAUUCCUCUUCUUCUAACUACUUCUUUAUUUCUUUUUGCUUUUUGUGGAAAAAAAUAGUGAUUUAAUUUAUUGUACUAGGUUUUAUCUUUCUCAGCUUUCUUGUCUCGGUGCCUGACAGCACAGACUGUCAGACAGACAGAUGAAAGCACUUUGUGUCUCACCUCUCGUUCAAUGCUGUGGCGAGUUGCAUACUUCAUCCUGCUUUGUGCUGUGUUUUUGAGCUUACAGACACACUUGCUCUGAAGUGGCCAUUGUUUGGUGUGGUGAGGAAUAAAACUGGUUUAUAAUCCUCCGGGCCUGUGUUUACUGGGCACCUCCCUUUCAUCUCUGUACUAGUCACAGCAGCUACUGUUGAUCUAUAACUGUACACCUCCCACUGAAAGACGUGCUGAUUGAAAAUUUUAAAUUUGAGCAUUGAUCGAUUAUUUGAAAUUGAGUCUCCUCAUAUUGCAUAGCAUUAAUCAAUCAAUUUCAACACAAGAAAACAAAGACAGUGUGAUAAAGAGAGGCUCCAGUAGACCCACGGUCUCACUGAGUUACAAUCUGUUUUCCAGCUGUCGUGGCUGAUAAAACUAAGAGCAAGGAUGAGGUCAGUUCAUUUCUUUCUUCAAAUACAUAUUCAGUUGGUUCAACAUUUAAAUCAAACUCCUUACUUACUCCUCACUUGCAGCUCGACAGUUUAGGCAGCAGAGUCCUUGCUGAAGUGUCCUUGAGCCAGACACUGAUAGCAAAGCCCCUCUAUUGUGAAGAGAAAGAGUUCUCUCUGAUUGUUUUCACCUGACCAGGGUGACUUUUAGUAAAUGUCGAUCCACUUUGAGCAUCCCAAACAUUUCUUUGCACAUGGCAUUAUGCUAUAGAACCUGAGAAAAUAGGGGUCAUGUGAUCAGACACAAGUAUAAUUAAUUAGUUCUCAAGUGGUUCAAAGCUGCUGGAAGUUUUAUGCAGUCAGUUCUUAUUUUUCUGCAAGGUUUCACAAAGAACUGCUCACUGAGUUGAGAGUGAACUGAUCUCAGCCUUUGUGUGAAUGCUGAAAACUGAACUUUAACAGCUCCCUCCACUGGCCUCUCCAUGUUUUAUUUUAUUUUUUUAAACAUUCAGAGACCAAGACUUUUACAACCUGUAAACUGGAGUAAACCCUGGGACCUGCUUAUGAGCAACUGUGACCCAACAUGAAACUCAGUCAGACUAAUUACUUGUUUUUUAUCCUUACAGAGUACUUUAUUCGCUGUGUUCCAGUGGGGUCAAGAUGUUGCUGGAACAGAGCUUAAAACCAACAACUGCUGAUUAAUGUUAUCUAAAUCUGUCUGUGUGUCUGCCAGGGAACAGCUGACAGUUCAAAGAAGCAGCACAAACAGAACAUUCAACCAAUAAUUUUUCUUUUUUAUUGAUCUUUCCCAGUACACGGUGUGAUACUUUGUUAUUUUAAGGCACAUGUUGUUUUUAAAGCCAAGAUGAUGUGUUAUGAGUGAUAAGAGACUAAAUGGUGACUUGUAUUUUUAAUUCACAAAACCCAGCAUCAAGUUGCUUGUUGAGUUUUUAUUUUUUUUAUUUUUUUUAUUUUUUGGGGGGUUUUUUUUGGUCCAAGUACAGGUUAAGCUGUCAAUGUGUUUUUCAUAGCGGUAUGGAAUGGUAUGGAGUGUAGCCUCUUUAUAAUCUGAGAUAUUUUUCUUAUAGGCUGCUUUGGUACCUGCUGUUAUUGGCUCCUAAAAUGGACUCUGCUGGAAAAACCUACUGCUGUGUGUGUGUGUGUGUGUGUGUGUGUGUGUGUGUGUGUGUGUGUGUGUGUGUGUGUGUGUGUGUGUACGUACGUACUAGGGUGACCAGAUGUCCCGCUUUGUGCGGGACAGUCACGCAUUUCUGUUACUUUUCACACGUCCCGCAAAUUGAGACGUUGUCCCGCAUUGUUAUUGACAGUCAGACUCCAGUUUUGAAAUGCGUGUUUUAUAAUUGGCAUUUAUCAAAUAGGGGGCGGGGUGGGCUGUUUGAUCAUGUCAAUCAAACUGGGACGCGGGCCGCGGUCGCAAGUCAAGUAAAAACGGCAUGAAACGUGAGACAUGGAUGGAAGCUGAAAGUGCAUUGUCUGUGUGGGCCCGGCCUACCUGCAAUUGUUGCUGUGAUAGAGAGAGCUGAAAGACUUUUGAUGGAGCAGAAUAGAAAUGUUUAUUAUUUUUUUUUAGAAAGUUUUUUUUAAGUUCUUUUAGACUACCUUGAUGCAUUGGUAUCCCACAUUGUCCCACAUUGUCCCACGCAAACGCAGUCUUUGUCCCACAUCUGGUGAAUUGGGAUCUGGUCACCCUAGUACGUACGUGUAUGUACACAGAUUUGUCUUUAUCUCUCUCUGUACUUCUCCCUCUCUUCCUGCUCUGCCAUUUAUGAAAUAUAAUUUGUUAGCUGUCUGGUCUAAGCCUGCUUGUACGUAAACUGGAAUGAAAGGUUGUGCCAUAAAGCCAUAAACCUAAUCUAAUCUGAUCUCAAGUUUUCGGAAAAAAAGAGCCUUCUUGGAGAGUUUUUUUGUUUUUUGUUUUUUUUUAAAAGUCAAGUUAAGUAAAGCUGAAUCUUUACCUGUGAAACAACAAUUCAAACUGUUCUCAUACCUCCCUUUCAAAUGGCUGAAUCAUACUUUUAUCACAUGUAGAUGUGGGAAGAAGAGCCUAGAAACUGUUUUCUUCUUCACUCUGUUUUUCUUUUUUUUAAUCUCUCCUGUGUUGUCAAAAAAAAAAUUCUCUCAUUCAACAUCAGUCAUUUCUGUGGAGUCCACGCAACAUCCACAGUCCAUUCUUCUCAUUGUUUUCCCCCCAGAUGCCUCUGGAUCAUUGUACAUGGAUCCCACUCUCCCUGCAUGGCCUCAAGGCGAGGGACAUAUCUGAGCAGAAUACCAUGGGUAUGGCAGUGCAGUAUCAAACUCGUUUGCUACAGAGGGACAAACUGAGGCUAGCCAGUGAACGACUGCCGGAAUAACUGAUUUUAACUUUUUUUUUUUUUUUUUUUUAACUUACAGUUAAACUGCAGACCCUACAUGUAUGAGCUUAUAAUAGCAUCAAAUGAACAAACACAAAAUGCUGUUCAACCCCCCAGUGGCUUCUUUCCAUCAUCAUUUUUGUAUUUGGCAACAGGGCUAAUCAAAUCAAAAUACCACCAGAUCAAAAUCAGUCAACGCUCAAAUUGAAGUUCAGAAAACCUUAACAGUUUCCAACAAGAAAGCAGAACACUGGCGCUGCAGUGAACAGUUAAUAAUUGAUAAAUCAGGGCUGCCAGAGUUUCCAUCUGCACAAAAUGUCCAGCAAUGAGCUGUCUGUGUUCAAAGUGUUUUGAUGUUGACUCAUAAUUGGUACUGUCUGUGCGUUUAGGGUACUGAUCAAAGGUAGUUUGGAGGGUACCAGACAUGGGGAGGGCUUGGGUUAGUUGUAUUUUUGUAAAGAUGAAAACAGUUCUAGUAGGGUAGGGAAAGGACAGCACUUUGUAGAAGGCUUAGUGGCAGGUAGUGCUACUGAAAAGAAAAAAAAAACAAAAUUAGAGGCAUAAAGCAUUGUUAAAAUGAGUUGUCGGUGAGCUGAAAUUUUCUUUCUUUUUUUUUAAUUUAUCAUUUUUAUUUUGUCUAAAAAUAAGACACCUGUAGGGAACAAGAAAAAGAAAAGAACUCCUAACUACACAGUGCCACUUGUUAAUUUUGUGUAAAUAAUACUAGACCAUGUAAAUACAAUGUUGUAUAUGAAAAAAAAAUCUUUAAAAUAAAAGGGAAAAUCAUUUGUGAACAGAAAGAUUUUGUUUUUAUUUUAUUUUUGAUUUUUUUUUCCCUUUCCUUUGGAUGAUUCAAAUGUGACACAAAUGGUGUGUAUUUCAAGACUGCUAUUUCAAAAUUUUUUGUUUUAUUUGAAUCAUAAUCUAUAACAGCGAGUGUAUAUAUAAUGAAACACAAAAUACUGAGAAAUGUUUUACCGUAUUAUACCCUUGGUUAACUCCUACCUGUGUCAUAAAAACCUUUGUCCUCAGUUGCUUGUUUCUUUCUGG